UUUUGUAAAAGGGAAAGUGACUUAAAACUCUCCUACAAUUCAUAGAAUUCGCUAGGAAAGUUUCAAAACCCAUUGGUUUAAUCUAUACAGCUAAUCUGUGACUACCUACUUCAACUUUAUGUACCCUGUACCAAAGUCUUGUCUAUCCCUACUUACCGCAUUACGGUAUGGGGCUCCACUUAUCCAUCAAACUUGAAACGUGUGGUCCUACUCCAGAAAAAGGUGGUACGAAUUAUAUCAAGAAGUACCUUUAACGCUCAUUCUGAACCUAUAUUUAAGCAGUUGAAAAUUUAUUCAGAUUUGAGAUUCUCUCCAGCUCUAAAAAUCCAUCUGGCUAUUACUUCGACGCAGAUCCAGUUUACUCUCAGUAUGGCGUGUACGCCAACAAGCUGACGAGAGUCAGUGCCAAAGACCGGUACAGAUUCAAUUUUAUCGUAUCUCGCAAGAGGGGCCCUGUGAUUGGCAUCCGAACUCAAGGAAAAGCAGGUGAAAGGUAUGAAAGUAUGAGGAGUAACUGGUUGAAGUUUCAUGAUGGCGGCCGUGGAAGUGUUACGGGAUAUAAGAACCUUUAUACUAGAAACUUCCCAAGCAUGGAGGACACAUUUACAUUAGAAGCAGUACCCAGCGGAUGCGUGACUCCUGGUGAGUAUGUAUUACAGAUGUCAGUUAUGGCCGCACCAUGGCAUACCAUUCAAGAGGACUGUGAUAGUAAACCAGAUAGAUGCUUUUGGUCGGAUGGGUGGGAUACACGAAGGCGCAAUAUGAUGACAGCCAUAUGCUACUACAGCAAAGGGACGAAGCUUCCAAGCGUGAAAGAAAGACAAGCCAUUCGGAUGACACUAGAGCUGGUCAUUGUGAACCGGAGAGCGACCGAAUCAGCAUUGAUGAGUUGACCCGGAUAAAUCCCGUACAUGGGCAAGUGAGGAUCGACACUGGAGCAGGGAAUGAUGUGUUCGUAAUGAGUGGCAUGGUGGGUCGCAAUGAGUAUACUAAAAAUGACUUCCUGGUCGUUGAUUUAGGAGCAGAUGGUAACCUGCUGUCAAUUGGAGCUACUCUCAAUAUUGGAGGAAAACGUGGAAGCCUCUCGUCCGGAAUCUUCUUCGAUAACUCUUACGGCGACGGAGAUCUUUACUUCAUGAAGGGGGACUGGGGAUGGAGAAGAGUAGGAAAUGUGAAAGGAGUAACCAUCUUUAAAGGAUCCAGACUUCAUGAUGAGGUUACCAUGGGAACAAAAGGACCAUUCACUGUCAUACAGAACGAAGGGGCCAAUAUAUACUCUUUCAACAUGUUUGACUUGGAGCAUUUUCGGGAAAAAGGACAAACAUUGCACUUUCAGAUCAUGGACAUCUCCAAUAAUGUGCCCGAGAUCCGGCUCUGGCAUCAAGCUUUAGAUCUUGUUACGCACGAGAUCGAAGCCGACGGUCUUAUCAAGUUGAUAUUGAGGAGCACCAAUGAGGUUUUGGCAGAGGUACACCUCACAGGCUAUAUGACAGGAUUGACAGAUGCGGACAUACAGUACCGCACAUUCUAAGCCAGUAGUGUUUCCACCUCCAAAUGUAAUACUGAUUAAUUGUAAACUCAAGUAUGAAAAGAAUAAAGAGUUGUAAUCGUAA